AUGGCUAAACUAUGUACUGCUUACUGUAGGCCCAUAGCCGCCAUGGUUGAGCUUCAACCCAUCUUCAAGAAGGCCUACUGGGCCCUGGCAGCCGGUGGGAUCUUCUAUGCGAUAUUCGUCUGUGCCAUGACGUACCCCGUAGUCCAAAGAUUGACAAGCUCAUUAACUGCAACCAAAGAAACACAGGUGCAGCCAUUCAAACUCGUAACUCCCGAUAACGAGACACUCUAUGGAUGGCAUCUCCUGCCCCUGCAGCUCUGCCACGAGCAUGAAGAGGAGCUAAAUGCAAACGAACCAGACGGACCAGCAGACGAUUACACCAAAACCACUGCAUUCAAGCUACUCAAAAAUGACCCGAAUGCCAGGGUGGUAGUUAGCUUCCACGGCAACGCCGCCCAUCUCGCAUCCGCCCAGCGACCAGACAUCUAUCGGCAAGUCCUGGGACUCUCAACCCCCCAGAACCCCGUCCAUGUCUUUGCCAUUGACUACCGCGGAUUCGGUCUCUCAACUGGCUCUCCUACAGAAGAGGGCCUAAUCACGGACGGAGUAUCGCUGCUCAACUACCUCACCUCCAACCCACUGAACAUCUCACCAUCACGCAUCGUAAUCAUGGGUCAGAGCCUAGGAACCGCCGUAAGCGCAGCAGUCGCAGAGCGCUUCGCAUUCGGGUCCCCAGACCCCACUGCUAUCCAGCCAGCACUAAAGAACCCGGAGCCCUUCGCUGGUGUUAUCCUGCUUGCAUCCUUCAGCAACGUCCCAAGCUUGAUCGAUUCCUACAGUUUGAAAGGAAUCACACCUCCGAUGCUCUCCUUGCUAGCUAACUACCCACGGGUACACAACUGGGCCAAGAGCCACAUCGUUGAUCGCUGGGAUACCGCCGGUAGAGUCGCACGUCUGUCCGGCGUGAACACUACUAUAGUCAAAGACGACCCUAACCCCGCUUACGCAAAUAAAGGUCUCGACCUCUUCAUCAUCCAUGCAGCAAACGACGUCGAGAUACCCUGGCAGGAGGGCCGGCGCGUCUGGGUCGCCGCCACGGGCGAGGACAUCCCCGGUGCCCCUGGCAGGAUAGUCCACGAACGGAAGGACUCUAACGGACCAAACGAAGUGCAGAUCUGGGAGAAUCAAUCGACGAAGGACAAUGCAGUUGUUAAGCGUGUUAGAUGGGAACGCGUUAGCCAUGGUGAGGCUAACGAUGAAUUACAAGGCCACAACCGCGUCGCAACCUUCUCCGUCGCCGCUCUUUCAGUGAUGAGGGCCUUUGAGAAAGCGAGAUGUCAAAGGAAUCGCGAAAAUCCACUUAUAAGGCAGGCCAAUCAAGAGGGAGUCUGGGGACGCGUCGACGCGGCUGAAGAGUCUGUAUUCACUAGGUACUGUUACGAGCAGGGUAUGGAGGAUCCAAUUCCAGUGGUUCAAUAUUAUGAAAUGUUUUGGACGCUUGUGCUCUUGUCAGAGAGGACCAAAGAAGCGCAGUGA